UUUUAAGUGAUUCUGAACAGAACGAUUCGUAUCGAGUAAAUAAAUCUCUGUUAAAAAAUAAAGUAAUAUAAGAUCUGAUGGAUGGAAAUAUCCGUCAAUAACAAUUGGUCGCAAGCAGUCUGUGAACUGAAGUUAAUUAAAUUUUGUGUUUUCUGUUGGAAGGUGCAACAUGUCAAGUAACAUUUUCAGAGUAGUUGUUUGUUACAUGGCUGUAGUGUGCACAUUUGAUAGUACUGGCCCAAAGUUUGUACAGGGGGGAUGGAGAGGAGAGUGUGUAAGACAACCUUGUGAAUGGACACCUUGGAAACCGUGGUCGGAAUGCUCUAGAACUUGUGGAGGUGGUACAAAGUCGAGAAGUCGCUCGUUUUGUUGCAGAACCGCUUUUGAAAAUGCCAAUGAUGGAUGUGUAAGAUCCUGUGGAAAGAAUCCAGACGGGUUUCACGAGCACAGUGAUUGCAACGACUGGUGCUAUAAUGGGGGAUGGGUUUCAUCGAAUGGGUGUAGCUGUCCUGAUGCAUAUUAUGGCUUCUGUUGCGACUCAGUAUGUCCAUCAAUCGCCGAGUGUAAAUACAGAAGAUGCACAGCAUCCUACAACGUCUAUUGCAAAGAGUGUAACGACGACAAUGUUUUCUUCAAGCGUUACAACAGCGACAAAGAAUGUCAGCGGAUGUGUUCCUGGAACAACCACUACUGUUGGCCAGGGAGCUGCAGAAAUGGUCUUACUAAGGACUGCUCGUGCGCAGCGGGGUUUAGCAUUGUUUCAGAUUCUUGGGAAACAUCAUGUCAACCAACUAAAAAACCAUCUAUCUUAACAUGUGACACUGUGGUUAUUGGACCAAACGGUGAAAAGAAGAGAGCAAUGUCAUCGAGCAGUUCAACCGCGUGUCAGUAUUUACAAGAUAUGUAUGGAAACUAUCAGCCGACGACGGUGAAAUUUGAUUUGAGCUCUGAAUACACAAUUUACAUUCCCAGCUAUUUGAGCCGCCCUUCAUAUAUUGUUGAAGAAAGGUUCGGAAUAACGGACGUAACAGUAUAUAUGCAACGCCAAUCCGUAUCAGGUUCGUUUACCACUUUAUCAUCAAACAGACGACUUACCUACUCGAGUCAGUCUGUUAAGAGUGUGCAUCACGAUAAAGAUACUCUAACGACUUCCCACACAUUCGUAAAUGGCCAGGCUUUGUGUUUGCAAUACGAGGUAAAAGGUGGUGGCUACUUGAAAACCAAAGAUACAAGAACCCAUACUGUUCAUAGCGCUAAACCUUACCGACAAAAUUUAGAACAACGAACAGUCUGCUAUCGCUAUGACAGCCAGCCACCUGAACACUGUUCAAAACUAUCGACAUGUGACUCUGAUCCUCUCCAUUUUGACAAACGUAUAACGCAGUCAUAUUUCCACAACGUAGAGUUUGACGGUUGGGUGGAUCCCAUUCCUCCAGGAGGAGUUUCGCGCACCGCGUCAUCCAUUGAGAGCUACGAAAUUCGGGUAAAUGAGGUUUUGCCAUCGAAGGGGACACUUAAGGUAGAUUACACAACCAACGUUUUAAGUACAAAGGUUAACCACACAGUCAAAAACAUGGAUCUAAAUCUUACUUCAGACACACCAAGGCUCUAUUGUUUGACACUUGAGGUGAAGGAUGUUGCAGACAAUGUUCGACAGUGUCGCCGUUUUAUUCUGUACGAUAACACUUCGGCCAUUCAAAUCUGGAAUGAAAAGCCUUUCAGAUUUACAUCAUCGUCCCCUGAUACAGAUUACACAUGGCAAAUCCAUCAUAACGAUGUCUGCAUAAGCUGGAAAGAUUACUUUUACAACGAUUUCUACAUACACAAUGAACUACUGAAUCCAAUUGAACCCGACCCGCAAGGACGCAUUACAGGAUUAUACGAGCAAACAACUGGAGAAAUACCUGUAUCUGGAACAUCGAAUGUGUACGGUAUUAUCGCAUACAAUAUAUCAUGGAGCCUGAAUCACGGUACAUUUUCUGCAGAACAACCUGUACCUUCAAUACAAAAUCAAUCAUUUUGCAAGGAUUUGAAUGUUACUGAUGGAGAUACAUACACACUGAUCGUAAAGGCUAUUGAUGUAGCUGGAAAUACACUUAGCGAUAACCGAACUGUAUUUAUUGAUGGCUCUGUACCACACCUUCACGACUUAUGGCUUAUGGAAGAUACGAUACGAUACGAACUGCUGUAUGUACAUAAAAGCACGGACGUGUCCAAAAUGAAGAUGACGUUCGCCGCACUUGAUCCACAUAGUGGUUUAUCUAAAAUACACUGGACGUUUGGAAUAGCCGACACAAUGACUGAGCUACUAAGUGAGCACCAUGAUGUUAUGACCACAAAUGAUUCAUGCUCAUCAGAAGAAUGCUACUGUCCAGAUAUUGGUUCAUGUGCAUACAUUAACUACACAAUACCACUCGACAUAUUAAAUGUGAAGAAUACGACUAUCAAACAUGGAUGUAUUGGCACUGUUAGCAGAAACGAGAAGUAUCAGCUAGCCAGUCAAGCAUACGAAAAUGUGGAGCUGAACAUUAGUAACUCAACAUUUAAGGAAACCAACAGGCAGAGGACAAACAAGAAAGAUACACCCGAAAUACCUUUCACAGAAGAAGCAUUUAAGGCCAGUAGCAUGAAGGGUUGA